AUGUCCACGGGCGGAGACUUCGGGAAUCCGCUGAGGAAAUUCAAGCUGGUGUUCCUGGGGGAGCAGAGCGUUGGAAAGACAUCCUUGAUCACCAGAUUCAUGUACGACAGUUUUGACAACACCUAUCAGGCAACAAUUGGUAUUGAUUUUUUAUCAAAAACAAUGUACUUGGAAGAUCGAACAAUCAGGCUGCAGCUGUGGGAUACUGCGGGUCAGGAACGUUUUCGUAGCCUCAUUCCCAGUUACAUCCGUGAUUCUGCUGCAGCCGUAGUAGUUUACGAUAUCACAAAUGUUAACUCAUUCCAGCAAACUACAAAAUGGAUUGAUGAUGUCAGAACAGAAAGAGGAAGUGAUGUUAUCAUCAUGCUAGUAGGAAAUAAAACAGACCUUGCUGAUAAGAGGCAAGUAUCAAUUGAGGAGGGAGAGAGGAAAGCCAAAGAGCUGAAUGUUAUGUUUAUUGAAACUAGUGCAAAAGCAGGAUACAAUGUAAAGCAGCUCUUCCGACGUGUUGCAGCAGCUUUGCCUGGGAUGGAAAGCACACAGGACAGAAGCAGAGAAGACAUGAUUGACAUCAAACUGGAAAAGCCUCAGGAUCAACCAGUCAGCGAAGGAGGCUGUUCCUGCUAA